AGUGUUUAUUACAUACUCUUUUCUUUGCUGCCAUAGUUACUGUUUUAUUGUUGAAAAACUAUUAUGUGUACUGUGUUUAUUGUUUUAUUGCUAGAAUACUGGUUUAGUUUUUUUUUUUUACUGCUGGAGUGUUUGGUAUUCUGUAUGUUCAAUCGCUGGUUCAUUUCUUAUUUAUUUUAGGCGAUUAGCAAUAAGUUUAAAGAGAUGAGGAAGAAACAACUCCCACAUACAUGCAGCAGGAGAGGAUAUGCUCGAACAAUGGAUGACAUGAGUAGGGAAAGCUCAAAACCUGUAACAAGAGUUCAAGCUUUCUUAAAGACACACACAAAGAAGAAUGGUGAACCUGUGAAUGCACAAGCUGCUGAAGUUAUUGAGAAGCUACAAGUUCUUGCAAAUGAAAAACCAGAUUCAUGCACAACACAGAAUACUGUACAAGAUGCUCUCACUAUCAUAUUUGGUCCUGACAAGAAUGGUAGAUCAUUAGCUAAUGGGAGGGGAGUAACUAAUACAAAGUUAGCUAUUCUAAGAGCAAGAGAUGACCAUAUUUCACAAUUGGAAUCAAGUCAAUGUGAGAUGAAGAAUAAAAUGUCUGAGAUGAUGAAUCUUAUUAAUACUAUUGCAAAAAGUGUAAACAUUCAGGGGUUUACUCAACCAAGUGAAGCGGAGUCACACAUGCCUUCUCCUAUGAGUGUUAAUAAUCUGAAGUUCACUCCUGAAAACAAUGCUUGCAAUUUACUUGAUUGGAAUGGAAGUGGAGAAAUUGUUGCAGAAGGUCGAUGGUCUUCUAGUGAUCCUUUAUGUGAGGUGCAUCAUCUUCGUCUUGGGCCUAAUGCAAUGAGAGUUUGGGUUGAUGUUGCUAAGAAACCUACUGCAUAUUUAUGGAGACCAACAUCACAUAUGAGUACAAUUGAAGAAGCGGUUGGUUGCACUGUUGCUUGGCCUUCUAAUAAAGUUACAAUGAGAUAUCUUUGGUGCACAACUAAUGAAUGA